ACAAAUGUAAUCUCAUCUCUUCUCUUCUUUUUAUUUAGCAUUUUACAACGAACAAAAAGGCAGUUUCAUUUUCGAAAAGAAUGGAGGUGGGAAUGUCACUAAAUGCACUUGUGAGGCUUCCGUUAUCGAGUACUUCAAGAGCCCAUCACGAACCUGUCGACGGGUUGGUGAAGCACUCGUUAUUGAGCUCCAGAACGACGCCGUUGCGGUUGCCUCAGCAGACCCGGAGACGGCAACAUGGAGGAGGGAUGUUGGUGGUUGAAGCUAAAGGGAAGAAAGGAAUGGCUGCUCGUCAAUUCCAAAGGCCUCCACCUCCUCCUUUGCCUAAGAUUGAAGACGAUGGCAACCCUCGGUUUGUUAUCUUCAUACGCAUGGCAAAUGUUAAUCUUUGGUACCCACUUAGUCUUAUAACUGGUGGCACCACUGCUAAAAUCAUGGUUGCAGCAAAGGACAACUUCCUUGGAAAAUACAUCUACAAAGAUACAAUUGCUAGAAAUCUCGCAGCAGUUAUUUACAGAGAUGAGAAGGAGAUACAAAAGACAGCAUUUAAACAAUUCCGGGUUUUGCAAUCUGCUACUGAGUUCAGAUAUGGCUACAAACUUGUUGAAAACGGUAAUGUGAAAUCUGCACUUUCUACCAAUGAUGUUAUUGAGCUUCCAACGCAAGACCAGCUUAAAACAGUCGUUGAUAAAGUGAAAGACUUCUUUGGUGAUGCAAAAGAGUCUUUUGGGAAGAUAACAUCACUAAGUUCUGCCACACCUGAAUCAGAGGAAAAAUCUACAGAAAAGGCCUAG